AUGACGGAGGAGGAAGACCCAGCCAAGAAGGAAGCCGCUCCGCCCAAGAAGACCCGGGCGAAGCGUAAGCCGGCUGCUGCCGAUGGUGGCGGCAGUCCAUCUCCAGAGGCCACCUUCGUCAAACGGCCGCGUGGAAGGCCUGCCAAGAAGGACCAGUCUUCGCCGACGACGAGGGCCCGGUCAGCGAAGCCGGCAGUGCCGAAAGCCACCACCACCAGUGCUUCUGCCAAGACAAGAAAGGCCUCAGAUGAAUCGGCACCCGACGCCGAUGUGAACGUGCCGUCUACCAGCAAGGGAGUUUCACGGAAGGCGCCGAGGGUGAGCCGCAAGGCACAAUCACGGAGCACCUCCCCGAGCGAUGCUUUCUCUGCCGCUGCCAAAGCACCGAAGCGCCAGCACCGCUCUCGGAGUCACUCAUCCGGCAGCGGCAGUCACAAGGCCAGGAGGGGAAGGAGCAGCCGGAGAUCGAGGCGCUCGUCCCUCAGCGGCCACGGUCGCCACAAGCACAACGCCAGUCGCCGAACAAAGUCCACCACCACUUCGGAGAGCAGCGGCGGAAGAAACAGGGGACGCACCAAGAGCCGCCGCUCCACGAGCGGCUCCUCUGCCACGAGCAAGAGCACCUUGACUGGCAGAAAACGGCGCCGUCACGCCCGUAGUAGCCGCUCGUCGUCGAGCCGUAGGCGGGUCAAACCGAGGAAGACUGCGAGCAGAUCCUCGUCCAGAUCUCGGCGUGCCAAGCGGACGAGCGCAGACAAGGCUACGAAGGGUGGCAAGCGCAAGUAA